AUGACAGCAUAUCUGCCCGAGACCAACCGGACGUACAAAGAAAAAGAAUACUGGGAUUUACGCUUUGAAAGUGAAGAGUCAUACGACUGGUUGGCCCGCUUUGAGAACGUGGCAGAGUUAUUGGGUAAAUAUGUGCAACUAUCGGGCCGUAUUUUAAUGGUUGGUUGUGGUAAUUCAACGUUCAGCGCUGACAUGUACAAUGCAGGUUAUCAUCAUAUAACAAACAUUGACUUCUCGAAGGUUGUUAUUGAACGAAUGCGUACCAAGUACAGUGAGAGAAUGCCCCAGAUGAAGUGGCUUGAGGUAGACAUGACCAAAUUGUCCAAUUUUUUUGCGCCCGAGAGCUUCGACGUGGUCAUUGACAAAGCUGCCAUGGACGCGCUCAUGUGCGAUGAAGGCGACGUCUGGUCACCGUCAAAGGCGGUAAUCCAGCAGGCUGCUGCUAUGUGCAGUGGUAUUACAUCCGUAUUGGUGCCACAGGGGACGUUUCUCCAGAUCUCGUUUGCACAACCACACUUUCGCCAGCGCUUUCUGCUGGGCGAGGGUGAGCAAGCGCCUUGUAGCGAAGUCUAUGGUUGGAACUACUCAUAUAACAAAAUAGAUAUUGGUCUUGGUUAUUUUUUCUACGUGUUGCUGAAGAGCAGCUAA